AUGUGUGUACUUUCACUUCCUGGUUCUUUGCUCUGGAUGUGGAGGAGGAGGAGGAAGAAGAAGCCCCAGAGCGGGAGCGCGCAAAGCCGACUGAACAGCAGCUGUGUGACGUCAGCGCCACUGUUUUGUAGUAGGCCACUGACCGGAAGCACUGAAAUAGCUUCACACUCCACUUCCUGUCUUUGUGCUUCUCUCAGACUCCACUCAGCAAAUGCGAUCCCUCCUCACACACUGACACAACUGGCCAGACGGUGGCUGGCAGAGGACACACCCAACUUUGAUCCUGCAGGAGUGUGUGUGGGGUCCCGGGAGGUGGAGGCGAGGCUGCUGUGUAAGACACCGAACAGCAUUCUGGCAGGAAGGCCCUUCUUCACAGCGGUGUUCACCGAGGUCGGCUGCACCGUGGACUGGACUUACCAGGAGGGAGCUGACAUCGGUCCAGAUGCUGUUACAGUGACCGCUGUGGUCAGAGGCCCGGCGAGGUGCCUCCUCCUCGGGGAGAGGCCAGCUCUCAACUGCCUGGCCCGAGCCUCGGGGAUCGCUACUCGCUGCUCUCAGCUCCAGGCGGCGGCAGCGGCCGGAGGAUGGCAUGGAGAAGUGGCAGGCACACGUAAGACCACGCCGGGCUUCCGUCUGGUGGAGAAGUACGCCAUGCUGGUUGGGGGCGUAGCCAUGCACAGACAGGACCUGAGUGGAAUGGUGAUGCUGAAGGACAACCAUGUGUGGGCAUCAGGAAGUAUCAGUGAGGCAGUGAAAGCUGCACGCUCCGUGUGUGGCUUCAGCAGUAAGAUCGAGGUGGAGUGUUGCUCUGCAGAGCAGGGCAGAGAAGCUGCUGCAGCUGGAGCAGAUAUUGUUAUGCUGGACAACUUUAAACCUCAGGUGAAAGAAGCGUCCACAUCAUGUCUCAUCUUCACGGCUUAUGUCCCUCACAAACACACACCUCUGUCUCCCCUGCAGGAGCUCCACGCUGCAGCUCGCUCCCUGAAGACAGAGUUCCCAACUGUGCUGAUAGAAUCCAGUGGAGGCAUCGACCCAGAGAACCUGUCUUUGUAUUUGUCACCACAUGUCGACAUCAUUUCCCUGGGCUGUGUAACACAAGGCUGCCCAGUGGUCGACUUUUCUCUCAAGGUUCAAAAGCCUGAGUGACCAAAAGGAUGUUCAUUUAUUUUGCUGUACUUCAUGUUUUCACAUCCUGUGUGAUGUCACCAGUCAGUUGAUAAGAAUCAAAGCAGAACAGAAAGUCUCAUACAUGAUUACAUGAUUGUAACGAUCACACUGGUCCUGAAUAAAAUUGGUGUAAUAUUU